AGCGGUGGCUGCUGCGUUAUCACGUUACUUUUUAACUUUGUUAACUUUAUAGCUUUGUUUUUUUGUUUCUGGGUUUUUUGUUUUUUUUUUUUCGAUUAAGAUUAGGAAGGAUAGGUGAAGCAGUCAAGCCGAAGACAUGAAAUUCAUUGGGAGGCACCGUUAUUCAUACACUAUAGAAACAGAUGCGGCUCAAAUACUGUUUUAACAGAGUGACAGAAUAAAUUCGAUUUAUGGAUAUAAAAUAAUAAUUACUUUAAAAUAAUAAUAUACGUCAACAGAUGCAUCCUUUCAGCCAAAGCCAAAAAUGUAAAAUACGUCUCGAAUAAGGAAACCGUUUCCACCACAACUUUAGUUUAAAAAGGGAAGACGGUGCUUUGUGUCAGCGAUGGGGACGCAGUGGCUGCCCCCCCUCCUCCUGCUUCUGCACUUCAGUGCGUUUCCACAGCCCAGCCUCCAGAGUAAGCGUUCGCCAGUGGAGCUCUGCGAUUUUAGUCUGAGGUGCCGUAACGACUUCUUCAACAACAUCACUUGUGUGUGGAACAGCACAGGAGUGAAGCCUGACACAGUCUGUACCUUAACUGGAAAACAUGCUGCCGAGAUCACUUGCAGACUGAGGCCCCUGGGUGACCCUGGACAGAAAUUACAUGGCUGCAACCUCUAUUUUGUGAAUGAAGAUUUUUACGAAGACACGCCCAUUCACCUGACAGUGAAGUGUGAGAAUUUCACAAACGCCAUCUAUGACGAAGAGUACAACCCAGCUCGCUCUGUGAAACUGCAACCUCCUUCUGCACCCAAUAUUGAAAAUGCCAGCAUCUUCUGGAAUUUUAACGGGCCCCCCUAUUUGGGAGGAUUUCGCUUUCAGUUGGAAUUCAAGCAGUCAGGCCAAAAAUGGGAGAACGCAGAGUCUGUCAACGUGAGAGACAUGCGGACCUCAGUGGAGAUCUCCGAGGAGAAACUGGAGAAGGGGGUCGUAUAUGACUUCAGGGUUCGGGCUCUGGUUGAUGAAGUCGAAUUUGAAGGAGAAUGGAGUGACUGGGGCCCCGUGUCCUCCUGGAGGUCUACAGUUGGGGUGUCCCCAGUAGCAUCUUUGGAUCUGGAUCUGGUGGGGCUGACGUACAGCCUCCCAGUCCUGGGAUUUUGUCUGAUCCUCACCUUCAUCAUCAUCAUCAUCAUCAUCAAAGUGACCCGGCCCAACUGGUUUUUCUUGUUAAAAACAGUGCCUGAUCCAUCCAAGUUUUUUGAAGGAAAUGGAGACUUCAAGAAAUGGCCCAGCCCCCUUUUUCCCCCAGAGUCCUUCUCCAUUUCCCAACAUUCCGAGGACAUCUCACCAAUUGAGGUCUCCAUCACCAAGGACACCGACACGCUGUUUAAGAAGGACUCCACCAGACUGCCAGAACACUGGGAGAGCAGCAGCCAGUCAUCCAGCUUCUCAAACCUGGGCUACUUCUGCUCCACGCACCCCAGCUGCUAUGAGCCCUGUCAUGUUUACUUCAGCUACCAGCCAGUAGGGGGCAGUGUGAAAGGUAACUCAGUUGGGGAGAGGGUGGUUGACAGUGGACCUAUCCAAAGCAGCUCUUCCUAUGAGCCCCUGGAACAUCACGGUCAGCCAAGACACCCAGAUUCUAACUCGACGACGGAGGAUCAGCAAACUGAGGAUGAAGAGGAAGAUGAGGAUUCACCUGAAGCAACGUCAACCCCUACUAAUCCCUCUGGAGUCCUCCCAUUUCCAUUUCCUUGUGGACCUCCAAUCUUUCCCCACAAUCUGCCUGGCCUACCUCAUUUCCCAGUGCCAUUUCCUGGGCUUGAUUUGGAUACAGCACUAAGUAGAACUCUAACUCCAGGCCUGCUGGGGAACGUUCUCUCCAAGUCCUCAUUGUUGAGUUUAGAGCCCUCUAGUGGUGGCUAUAUGCCAGUGAAGGAUAACCACAACAGCUGCUGAAAGCCUUUCCUACAGCAGUGAAAGUGGGCACCGAAGAUCACCAAAACAGUUCUUUUUUUGACUACUUGAGUUUAAACUGUAUUUUAAUAUUUAAAAGUGACCAGAUGAAUGUAUAAAAGAAGAAAAUAUACAUAAAAUGUUGCUUGAAAUGAUGGUGGUGAGGAGAAGACUAUCUGAACUAUGUUCUCGCAGAAAAGUAAGAAAGGGGAGACCACUUAGCAUGAACUGCAGCCAUUGCCGACCAAGCCCAGUUUCUGUUGAUUUCUGAAAGGCUGCUGGCAGACUGAGGGACGGAGAUCAGGGAAGGUUAGGGGUGGGAAGACGACAGCCUCGGUCUGCUCUGUGCGCCCCGACCUCCUCUGGGCUGGAGAUGCCGGAGCGUAUGAUCACAUGACGAGUGAUGUCUGGGAAGAGCGGUGGUUUGCUGGGGCUGAAGAUGCUUUGAAUGGAGGUGCCCAAGUCCCAUAUCUGUGGAUCUCAUGGACAAAGAGAAAGAGAAGGUGACUGAACGCAAGUGACUGGAGUUUGAAAAGCGUAUGUAGAGAAAUAUCUGUUUGGAAAUGUUGCAAUUUUUUAACAAGCACUGAUGCUGAUGAACUGGCAUCCUGUCCAAGGCGGACCCAGCUUAGUGUCCUGUGCUGCGUGAGAGAGAUUCUGGGAUCCGCCUACGACUCUGACCAGGAUGCGUGAUUUGAAGUUGGAUUAUAUUUUGUGAUCCCUUGUAAGGCAAUUUUAUGUAACCUCUAAUUUUCCUAAUCUUGUUCAUAGUAGUUUGAAUAGAAGAAAUCUACAUAUCCUUAUGUAGGCCUGAUAUCCUGGCGCCCUGUGCUGCCUGCCCCCUGGUGGCCGUGAAAAGAUGGGGGGAUGUUUCACAUUAUGAAAUGACUUUGAAUGUUAAUCAUAAGAUUGUAAGGUUUUAAUAUGUUAAUCUUUUACAAGGAUUUUAAAACAUUUGGUAAUUGUAUCCUUCUCAAAUAUUGUAAAAAUGAAGGCAACAUUACGGUGUGGGCAUUUUUAUUCUAAGCUACAGUCUAUAAUAAUGGCGGAUAAUAAAUGUAGCAAUCCUAUUUAGCGCGGUAGUGAAACAUUAAAAUUCCCAUAAUGCAUUUGUACAGCAAGAUUAAUUUGCACUCUACCCAUAUUCUUAUUUUCCAGUCUGGAUUUUUAUCAUAUGCAAUAUAAGAUCCCCUCUUUUUGACAAUAUAUUAGAGGAAUCACAGAUGUGUCACUAGAAAAAUGCUGUUUUGCAAAAUGUUACAUAUGUUACAGAUUAUUCAGACCUUAAUGUCGUAUUAUUGAUUUAUUUGGGGAGAGUUUGUGGCCCCCAUGCUAGAUGAGAAAUUGAGAGAUUUUUGUAAAUAUGAUAUACAUACUGGUUCACCUGGGACCCUGUACUGGAAAAGUGCUUAUGGGAGAUUGAUGGAGAGAAACACAUAAAGCUGUGACAUAGUAAAUCUU